AUGACUUCGAGGUCUAUUUCGCCACCAAAGAGUGUCCCUCCAGAACCGGCCCGCAAAAUAUUCGAUACUUUUGAGGAUAAAACGGAAGAGGCGUUGGCCAGUUUUGUCAGCUUAAAUGAAUGUCUUUACGCUUCUAAGAGGCUUGGAAGUGCAAAGAAUAAUGAAUUCAUGGAGUGUGAUUGUUUUGAAGAUUUCAGUGAGGGGGUAAAUAGGGCGUGUGAUGAGGAUUCCGAUUGUAUUAAUAGGCUCACCCUUAUCGAGUGUGUCAAUGGACUUUGUGGAUCUUGCGGUGAUGACUGUCAGAAUCAGCGCUUUCAGAAGAGACAGUAUGCGGAUAUUGCAGUUUUCCAGACCGAGAUGAAGGGAUAUGGGGUCCGGGCAGAGACUGAUAUCGAAGCACAUCAAUUUAUUUAUGAGUAUAUGGGUGAAGUGAUUGAAGAGGAAGAGUUUCGAGAGAGACUUGUAGAGUAUGAUCAGAAGAAGUUAAAGCAUUUUUAUUUCAUGAUGUUACAAAAUGGCGAAUUCAUUGAUGCCACGAUGAAGGGGUCCUUGGCGAGAUUCUGUAAUCAUUCCUGCAAUCCUAACGCAUAUGUGAAUAAGUGGGUGGUUGCCGGAAAGUUGAAGAUGGGUAUCUUUGCAAAUAGAAAGAUUUUGAAGGGUGAAGAGAUUACUUUCGACUACAAUGUGGACAGAUACGGUGCAACCGCACAGAAAUGUUAUUGUGACGAGCCAAAUUGUAUAGGAUUUUUGGGUGGUAAGACACAGACUGAUGCUGCUUCUCUGCUGCCGCAAAAUAUCGCAGAUGCAUUGGGAGUUAGCAGUGCGAUGGAGAAGAAGUGGAUCAAGAUGAAAAAGAGUCAGGGUCUUAAAAUUGAGAAGGCUGUGGAUAACAACUUCAACAUUGAGUUUGUUGAAUCCGUUCAACCGGCCGGUUGUGAAAGCCCGCACGAUGUGACUAAAGUUAUGAGUGUCCUUUUACAGGUAGAUGACCAAUUAAUUGCCCAAAAGUUGUUCAACAGGCUUUAUGAGAUUCAAGACGAGACAUUACAUCAUCAGGUUAUCAAAUUGCAUGGUUAUACAUGUAUGUUGAAAUUGCUGAAAAUGUUUGAAGGUGAUCUUGAAGUGGAAAAGAGGAUAGUUGAUUUCUUGAUAGCGUUACCAAAGACUACGAAAAAUGGUAUCACUUCAUCUCAAAUCGAUAAAGAGAUAUUGCGUUUGCAGGACAAGCAGAAGCCGUUGGCUGAGGAAUGUGAAAAGCUACUGGCAAAAUGGAACGAUUUCGAGACUUACAAGCGUAUAGAUAAGAAAGAUAUCAAAGAAGCAUCUAAUCGGAAAGUUGAUUUACGAAGGAUAAGGUUACCACCCGGAUGGGAAGUUGUCCAUGAAAAUGGUAAACCGAUGUACUAUAACGCGCAAAAGAAAACAAAACUGCAUACACCUCCUACAGGGUCCUCCAAGACCUUUAAUGAGAAGCCCUACUCAAAGUGGGAUGGUCCUACGAGAAGAAAUGGUGUAAAUGGAACCAAGAGGCCACGACUUGACGAUGAAGAAUAUGAGAGGCAUAAGCAGAAAAGAAUGGAUAUGGAGAAGGAAGCGAUUGAAAAGGUGAAGGAGGAAGAGCUUCGUGCUUUGAAAGAUAAGCUAGAGAUGGAGAAUCAAAAGAAGAAUGAUUUAAUGAAGAUAAUCGAAGAGGCCAAUAGACAAAGAGAACUGGAAAGGGAAGAAUCAAGAAAGGCGGAGAAGGAAAAGGAAGAUAGAAAGUUAAAGAAGAAGAAGCAAAGUCAAACGAAUCAUGUGGAGCACAAAUGGAAUAAAUUUUUUGCCUCAUUAGUUCCAAAUCUCUUACGAAAGUAUGAACAUGACAAACAAAUAUCACACGACAGCGCCAAACAAUGUGCUAGAGAUAUCGUCAAGAUUCUAACUUCGAAGGAAUUAAAAAAAGAUGUGACAAGAUCGCCUCCCGAUGAACCUACGAAGGAAAAGCGUGCCAAGGUUAAGCAAUUCACACAAUCAUACAUGGAAAAAAUCCUUCAGAAGAAGAAGAGUCGAAGUCACAAGCAUUAG